AACUGUAAACAUCACGAUUUACUUCAUAGAGAUAAUUCUCGCCCGCUUGAAACUAUUAAAUCAAAUUCAGAUAUGCCAAAACAAUCCCCCUCCCUGGCGCCAAAUGUAUUGAGUAAUAUUUCUGAAGCCGGUGAAAUUGCUGACUCAGAGAAAGCGAAAGAGAGUAGCGUUUCCCACGCAUUCUCAACUCGUAGUCUAAAUAGUAAUAAAUUAGUUCUUCUAUCUACUGCCUUAAUUAACAUCUGGAGUCCGCUUAAUAAUAAAUAUGUUUUAAUAAGAGCAUUGUUGGACAAUGGCAGUCAGUCGAAUUAUUUAAAUUCUGAUACUUGUUUUGAUUUGGGGCUGAAGCGAGAAAAAAUAAACAUUUCUGUUAGUGGAUUGGGAGAGAAUAAAAUGAAUGUUAAGUGGAAGGCGACUUCUUUGAUUUGUAAUAAGGAUUUAUCUUUUUCUUCGCAAGUUGAAUUGUUAAUAGUUCCGAGAAUUACGGGCUUGAUUCCAUCGACUCCCAUUAAAAUUAGUGAGCAUUUAAUUCCUGAUCGUGCGUUAUUAGCUGAUCCAAAUUUUGAGAUACCGAGUAAAAUAAAUAUGAUUAUAGGAGCUGAGCUCUUUUAUGAUAUUUUAAAGGAAGGAAAAACCAGAGUUUCUCCUAAUUUGUUAUUCCAAAAUUCUGCUUUUGGUUUGAUAGCAACGGGUAAGGUUCAUGAGAACAUUUUAAAUUCCUUUUGCGGUUUAACACAUAACUCUGAAAAUAUUGAAGAUUCUCUCCAGAGAUUUUGGGAAAUCGAAAGUGUAUCGUCAGAUAUGCUUACUGGUGAGGAGGAAUAUUGUGAAAAUCAUUUUUUAAAAACUCAUUAUCGCAACGAAUGUGGUAGAUAUGUGGUUCAAAUGCCACUCAAAAAGGAUCCCCAAUGUUUAGGUGAUUCAAAGAAACUAGCUUUAAAGAGAUUGAAUAAUAUAUAUUGAAAGUUAGACUCUAAUCCUGAACUUUGUA